CUGAGUACUGACUGAAUGUGUGUCUCAAGAAGGUUGGCUUCUUUUCUUUCCCUCUCUAGGGGAAACACACCAAAAGUAAACUUUGGGAGCAGCACUGCAACUCAGGCUCCUGGAAUCACAGGGGGUUUUGCAUUCGGUAGCUCUGUGGCAACCAGCACGCCCUCCAGUCAAGCAGCAGCAGCCCCAUCUGGCUUUGCCUUUGGCACUGCUGGCACCAGCAGCACCAGCACGGCUCAGACUGGGACGACAGGAGGGUUCACCUUCUCCAGUGGCACCACAACCCAGGCGGGAACAGCCGGGUUUAACAUCGGCACUGCGGCCCCGCAGGCCACGUCCACAGGGCUGACCUUUGGCACGAGCCCUGCAGCUACUGCCACCCACAGCCCCCUGAGCGCUGCCCCAGCAGCUGCACCCCUUUUCAGCCUCGGGGGGCAGCCCACAGGUCUAACCUUUGGGUCACUGACUUCAACAGCAGCCACGAGUGCACCUACAGCAACACUGACCACAAGUACCACCCAGGCACCCACCCUGUCCUUUGGAACCAAGCUGGGAGUAACAUCCACAGCUGCUACAACGGCCUCCACCAGCACCACCUCUGUGCUGGCUCCCACGGGGCCCACGUUGUUCGCGUCCGUCACGAGUUCUUCGGCCGCGACGUCGUCCACCACCACGGGCCUCUCACUUGGUGCCCCUUCCACUGGUUCCACUGGGACUGCCGGUCUGGGGACACUUGGGUUUGGAUUAAAAGUUCCUGGAACAACAGCUGCCACAACAAGCACUGCCACUGGUACUACUUCUGCUUCUGGCUUUCCUUUGAAUCUGAAGCCAUUAACUACAACUGGUGCCAUUGGAGCUGUGACCUCCACAGCUGCCACAACCACAACCACCACGACCAGCACACCUCCAGUGAUGACUUAUGCCCAGCUGGAGAGUUUGAUAAACAAGUGGAGCCUGGAACUGGAAGACCAAGAGAAACACUUUCUCCAUCAAGCGACACAAGUGAAUGCCUGGGAUCGGAUGCUGAUAGAGAAUGGAGAGAAGAUUACUUCAUUACACAGAGAAGUAGAGAAGGUGAAGGUUGAUCAGAAGAGACUGGAUCAGGAACUUGACUUCAUUCUGUCACAGCAGAAGGAGCUUGAGGACUUGUUGACUCCUCUGGAGGAGUCUGUGAAGGAACAGAGCGGGACCAUCUACUUGCAGCACGCGGAUGAAGAGCGGGAGAGGACCUACAAACUGGCUGAAAACAUCGACGCUCAGUUGAAGCGCAUGGCACAAGACCUGAAGGACAUCACUGAGCACUUGAACACAUCAAGAGGCCCAGCAGACACGAGUGACCCGCUUCAGCAGAUCUGUAAAAUUUUGAAUGCACACAUGGAUUCCCUGCAGUGGAUUGACCAGAACUCAGCUGUGCUGCAGAGGAAGGUGGAAGAGGUGACCAAGGUUUGCGAGAGCCGCCGCAAGGAGCAGGAGCGCAGUUUUCGCAUCACCUUUGACUGAAGGACUCCCAAGUUUAACGGGUUAACAUAAAAGCCUCCCCAGAAAACAGAGCUGUUUGGGAACUGAGGUCUGAGAUGGUGACCUGCCUUUGCUUCUUUUUCUUGCAAUAAAAUGUGUUGUUUGUUCCAAAGCCA